AUGCGGCUCCUAGAAAGAGGCGAUACCGGCGAGCUCCACUUAACGAACCCGAUUCCGAAUGACGCGAUCCCCGAGAUCCCCCGUUACGCGAUCCUUUCACACACAUGGGGCGACGAGGAGGUCUCCUUCGAAGACAUGGCGGACGGUACAGCCAAGAAAAAAGCAGGCUAUGCUAAGAUGCAGUUCUGCGGAGAUCAAGCUUGGCUCGAUGGGCUCAAAUACUUUUGGGUUGACACGUGCUGCAUCAACAAGUCCGACAAAGUCGAGCUUGAGCACGCUCUCAACUCCAUGUUUCGCUGGUACCGUGAAGCAGCCAAAUGCUAUGUCUAUCUCGCGGACGUCCCAGCCAAAGAGCAUAGUGCCAACAGUAACGGUAGCUUGGAACUGGCUUUUCAGAAAUGCAGAUGGUUCACCCGUGGAUGGACACUGCAAGAGCUUAUUGCUCCAACCAUCAUUGAGUUCUACUCUAAGGAGCGCGAGCGCCUGGGAGACAAGAAGUCAUUGGAAGAAGAACUACACGCCAUAACUGGGAUCCCUCUGAAAGCUCUCCAGGGAAGCCCUCUGUCUGAUUUCAGUGUCCCUGAACGAAUGACGUGGAUGGACAAGCGAGACACAAAGUAUGAGGAAGAUAAGGUGUACGCUUUAUUCGGCAUCUUUGACGUACACAUACCGGUUAUCUACGGCGAAGGAUUGCAGAAGGCACUGAAGCGGCUACGAGACAAGAUCAAUGAGGAUUACCUCUGCUUGGCAAAGUUAUGGCCCACAGACCCGCGGGACCCGCGUGACGAGAAGGAGCGCAUUGAGUUAGAAAAAGGUGGCCUGCUGGUUGACGCUUACCGCUGGGUCUUCGACAACUCCGACUUUAACCGAUGGCGCGACUCUCCAGAGUCCCGCCUGCUCUGGAUCAAGGGCGACCCUGGCAAAGGCAAGACCAUGUUGCUCUGUGGCAUCAUCAACGAGCUAGAGCAACCCAUCACUACUAACGCGCAGUUGCCGUGCUACGAGGGCUGAUUUACCUCCUUGCUCGGCGGCAACCCCGGUUCCUCUUACAUUUGCCAGAGAAUACAUACGCUUCUGACGACGCAAUGGCAUGGGUAGUUUUAUCGAAGGUUUUCCGGCAGCUGUUACAAGACCCGAACUUGAAGCAAACUUACCUAGUCAUUGACGCACUUGACGAGUGCGCCACUGGCUUGCCGGAACUUCUCAAACUAGUCACCCAGAUAUCAUCUUCCCGCGUCAAAUGGGUUGUCUCUAGUCGCAACUUACCUCAUAUUGAGGAGCAAUUAGUUGGCGUCGCUCAAAAUUACAAGCUCAGCCUCGAGCUGAACGCCGAGUCCCUUAAUACUGCCGUCAGCGCAUAUAUCCGCUACAAAGUCCGAGACCUAUCGGAUAAGAAACACUACGACAAGAAAACAAAAAGGCU